AUGCUCCACGUGUUUGCUAGCCUCCAAUUUUACACGGCCACGGCCACCACCGGGCAUGGGAUGGACGGCACACGGCACGAGUCCCGUCGCGCGCCGCUUUACGAAGGUAUGACCUCGGCCGCCACAGUGCCGUUAGGGACUGAUGAACAAAGGGACGAUGAGAUCAUGAGACAGCGGCAAUACCGACAACACAGACGCAGGAACAAGCAUCCCAGGGGGGUGAAAAGCAUGGGACACUGUCCAGGCUCCAUGUUGUGUACCUUGACGGACGCCGCCAGUCCAGACUCCGGCUUAUUCAAGGACAGGACAGUGACCUCCCCUCCAACGACUGAUACGACUGAUACUACGAUAAGACCGACACUACGGAUACUAUCAUACUAUGAUACUGCCGCUCAGACAGCCUCGGGCACUCCGUUCAACGGGAGCUGGCCUGUCUGGGUCUGGGGUAAUUAUGGGAGGUCUGCUGCAUAUGGCUUGCCGGCUUUCUCCUAG